AUGUGAGUGGGGCAGAGCCUGGACAAGAGGACUUCACUGCACGGACAUCCAUUUUGAUGCUAAAGCCUGUUUCAUGACUUCAGUGAUUUCUUCCUUUAGGUGUUUCCAUGUCACUUCUUAACGGCUGCCAGCAGGAUGACAUCUACAUCACCUUCAGCAGAAAAGGAGGAGAAAGGUCAGAGAUGAAGUGGUCAGAACUGGAAGGAAAAAAACGGGGAAGUUGAAGAAAAUUCAAGACAAGAGGAACAGUGGAAAGAAUCUGAAUUCUUCAUCAUGUGGCUCGCUGUGCUGGUGGUGUUGGUCCUCAUCCUCCUGUACAGAUGGUACAGACAGAGUCAGAUACUGGAGAAUCUCUCGGAUAAAUAUGUCUUCAUCACCGGGUGUGACUCUGGAUUUGGGAAUAUGUUGGCGAAGCAGCUGGACAAACGUGGAAUGAGGGUUCUGGCUGCCUGUCUGACGGAUACAGGAGCUGAGACCCUGAAGAAAGAGACCUCCAGCAGACUACAAACACUAAAACUUGAUAUCACUGACAGCAAAAGUGUGAGCUCUGCUGCCAAUUGGGUAUCAAUCACUGUUGGAAAUGCAGGGCUCUGGGGCGUGGUGAAUAAUGCUGGUUUUGGUUUUGCCCUUGCUCCUAAUGAGUGGCAAAAAGUUGAGGAUUUCUCCAAGGUUCUGAAUAUAAAUUUGCUCGGUAUGAUCAACGUGACGCUGAACCUUCUGCAUCUUGUCCGAAAGGCCCGGGGGCGCAUUGUAAAUGUAUCCAGUGGUGCAGGACGACUUUCUAUUUUUGGGGGAGGAUAUUGCAUAUCUAAGUAUGGUGUGGAGGCCUUCUCAGACAGCCUAAGAAGGGAAAUGCGUGACUUUGGGGUAAAAGUCUCCAUCAUAGAACCAGGCACAUUUCAAACUCUGAUGGCAAACUCAAUGGACGGCCAUGGAAAUAACUUGAGGCGCCUGUGGGAAAAUCUCCCUACAGCACUGAAGGACAGCUAUGGCCAGCGCUACUAUGAUCAAUAUAUGAAGGUACUGCAAAAUUUAGUACGAUCAGCAAGCCCAAGAGCUCACAUGGUGUCAGACUGCAUGGAACAUGCUGUGACUGCUAUCUACCCCUGGACAAGAUACUCUCCUGGAUGGGACUGCAAGCUCUACUUACUCCCCAUCUCCUACCUCCCUACUGUCAUAUCUGAUUAUUUGCUGUGUCGCUCAGCACCCAAACCAGCUUGUAUGUGAUUGUCAUCAGUGGAUGUAGUCAGAAUCCCGGCAUUUACUAUCCUGACUGUCACAAUUCUGAUGGUCAAAAUACCAACCAUGGGUUUUAGGGUUAGGCAGUAGAGGGAGGGUUAGGCAGCACGAGGGGAUGGUUAGGGUUAGACUGCUGAAGGGGACAGUUAGGUUUAGGCUACUGAAAGGGUAGGUUAGGAAUGGGGUUAGAAUACUUACCAAUAUUUGUGGGGAUUUUCUAGGAAAAAGAAUGUUUAUUUCCAUACCAAUAAAAUAGUUUAUUAGUAAUUGCUAAAUGUAAUUCACAUAUGAAUUUAUAAUAAUGGGCACAAUGACAGAGCAAAAAAAUCUAAACCAAUCCAUUCAAAUAGAUACAAAUAACAAAAAUAUAUAACAAAAAAAUGUUUGUUUUUUUUCAAAACAAUUUUUAUUGAGACAUCAUGGAUUGUACAUAUAAAGAUAAUGUAGGUACAUUAGUAUUUGUAAUGAAAAAAAUUCACAGUUGUGUGUUGUACAAUUAAGUCACAUAGUGUCAUAAUAAAGUAAUAAAAGAUGAUACACAGUAUAUAAUCAGUCAUUGGAGUCACUCGUGUUAAUAUGAAUAAUACAGGUAGCCCUAAGGGGAGCCGCCAUCAAUCAUUAGUCCUCAAGCUAAGAUGUAGGUUAUAAAAUCUCAUCUGUAUGAACUAAUAAAAGAUUUAAUUUUAAA